AUGGCAGAGUCUGCGCAGGCUGCAAGGCCUGAGCCUGGAAACCCAGGAGGGUCUGCAGGGUACGAAAGGCAGGCCAUGCUAGCCCCGGGAGGCUUGUGGUGCCCACGUCAAAAGCAAGAGCUGAGCCCCCAGGGCUGCUGGGCAACCAAGGUCCUGUGCAAGCUCACCCAGCAGCCCAUCUGCCAGGAGAAACUAAAAGCACUCUUCGCCAAGGUCUUCAUGGGCCUGGUCUUCCAGAUUUCAUACACUGCAGAGUUCCUAGAACACACCACGGAGAUUUUCUGGACAUACAGCGAAUGGCAUCAGGCCAAUCAACCCAGCCCUUUCAGGUUUGCAGUGGAGGCCAUUAAAGCUCUGCUCUGUGCUGCUGGCUAUGAAGAGCAUGUCCUGAGCAUCCAGAAGGAGGGCGGCUGGGACAUGCUUCUCGGAACUGAGACCCUCCACAGAGGAAUCAGCUUGCUGGCCAGAGAGAUGAGUAAGAGCCCAGUUGAUCAGCGAGCCUCCAUGUUCCAGCACCUGCAAGGGAUUCUUUGCUGUAGGAAGGAAUUCCAGAUAACUUUUGCCAUGACUUUCUACGUUGAGCUGCUGGCCUGCGAUGACCUUGAAAAGGAUUUAAGUGACCUGGUCCUCCUCCAGUUGUAUAUGACGUAUCCAUGCCACAUAACGCAAGCGCUGGUAUUCAGAGGCAUCGUCACACUGUCGGAAAAACCUGAGAUGGCAAGAGAAAUGCAUAUCCUGCUGAGCGACAUCCUGAGGACUCUGAACAAUUGUGACACAGAUAUCAAGAUGAAGGCCUUGCUUGUCUUCAGAAACCUGCUGAGACACAUGAAGAGGAAGGAGGCCAGCCACAUCACUCUGCAGCUGGCAGGGAAGCUCCUGCCACUCAUCGACGACGUCGAUGCCUCCGGAUGA